UUUCCUGCAAGCCAAUUACGAGUCGGCAUCUACCAUGAAUGUCCAUAUGCCCAAUAUCCAUCAACUAAAUCUACAAGUUCUCUUGAAAUAAAUACAGUCGUAAGGGCUGGCUCUGAUCUGACUGAUUCGGAUAACAUUGCUAAUACUACUUCGGCAAUUAUUCGUGAGAAAGAUAGCAAGCUCAACUCUUGUUGCAACCAGCUUCCAUAUGAUAACAUUCAGCCUAGUAGUCUGGUGGUAACCAGUCUAACUGCUGCGACCUCUCCUCAAGCGGUUCGACCCUAUCGAGUAACCUGUGGCAGAGACGAGUGGGAGGCACAACAACCUCCUCAUCUUGCUGUCUAUAUUUCUGAACAGAGACAGAAGAAGCCCAGCAAACAAUAUCCUUUGCCCGCAGUCAAUUUUUCAUCAAUCCGAAACUCAAAUCAUCCGACACAAAAAAAACUAAAUGUGAUCUUUACAGGGUCCAGAUUGUCUCCUGCUAGGCAGGAGCUUACCCAGCAGUUAGUACGAAACCCGAACAUGGAAAUUGACUCAGAAAUUUGCAGUGAUUGGGACUUUUUGCGGAUGAAUGAGUGA